CCAGACCUCAAUUUCGCUGGAGACUUGAUCGCACAGCGACGCGCAUAAUCAAACCCUUAGAGAAGAGCCAACCGCCGAGAUGGACGCGCUCCGCUCGGCGAUUCAGCCCAUCACGAACAAUUUGCCCGGGCCCAUCCGUGACCUCGGCGUGUCCAUCAUCGGCGACAAGUGCUACAAGGCGCUGCUGCUCGACGUUGAUCUCGACAACGCGGACUGCCUCAAGCUCGCUAUCAGCAAGGGGCUCGGCAUCGGCAUCGUUGGCGCGUCCUCGAUCGUCAAGGUGCCGCAGAUCAUCAAGCUCGUGCAGUCGCAGUCGGCCAGCGGCGUCUCGUUCCUCUCGUACCUGCUCGAGACCAGCAGCUACCUCAUCUCGCUCGCCUACAACGUUCGCAACGCGUUCCCCUUCAGCACCUACGGCGAGACGGCGCUGGUGCUGGGGCAGAAUGUCAUCAUCACAAUCCUCGUGCUCAACUACAGCGGCAGGCCCAGCAUGGCAGCCAUGUUUGUCGCAGCGCUAGGGAUCAGCGUCGUGACGCUGUUCAGCGAGAGCAUGUUGGAGAUGCAGAAGCUGAGAUACCUCCAGGCCGGCGCUGGCGCGCUCAGCGUGGCGAGCAAAGUGCCGCAGAUCCUGGCGAUUUGGCAGGAGGGCGGGACCGGACAAUUGAGCGCCUUCGCGGUCUUCAACUACCUCCUCGGCUCGCUCACACGCAUCUUCACGACGCUGCAAGAGGUGAACGACAAGCUCAUCCUGUACGGGUUCAUCGCUGCCUUCGCGCUGAACCUGGUGCUCGCGCUGCAGAUGCUCUAUUAUUGGAACGCACCGUCGACCAAAGCGAAGGGCAAGCAGAAGGAGGACCCGGUUCAGGGGACGGACUCGGCUACGACGACCGCGACACCGAAGAGCAAAGCACCCACGACUCGUCGGCGUGGUUAGUGGAUCAGCUUGGCUUCUGGAUCUUUGCAUUCAGUUCUCGGCGCGGGCCGCGGGCGUGUCGUUUUACACUAGGUGUCGCUUUCAAUGAAUUCCCCGUUCUUCUUCGGUGACUUGAUGGUUCACUCGGCGGUGACGGGUGUCUGCUCUCCUGGAGCUAGUCCCUCCUUGUCCGUGUUCGAGACCAUUCGGCGGCAUUCGACGACGGGGUCAUGUGCUCAAUUCCCGAGGGGACCGCUGCCAAUCGUUUCGCCCAGGACAGGAUACCAGUCGCGGCCACCUGCAGCUCGGAAGAAGCCCUCAGAUGCACGAGGAGACCUGCCGAUUCCGGUGCACAGAUCGGCUCGAUAGCGUCCGCAGCAAGUCUUGACGCAGUCCACGAUUUCAUGGCCUUGAAAAUAUGUUCUUCCUGUUUAUGUGGGGGCCCUGCUUGAACUUCCCCACAUUUAACCCCUCAUCACAGCAAUUAUCGCGAUUAUCGGAGGGGAAAGAAAAAAAAAAAAAUCAGCACCGAGGGUCCAGGCG